UCGUUUGAGUGAAUUUAUAAUUAGUUGAUGUGCAAUAUUAAUAUAAAAUGGAUAUCGAUGGUAAUUUUGAUGAAGAUUUAUUUUGUGGAACACCACCUGAAGUUUUGGAGGCAGUCAAUGAAGCUACUCUUAAUCUGUUGCCAACUAAAUCGAGGGGAAGUAUGAAAAUGCUUAUCAACGUUUUAUGGAAUAUAGAUCAAGUAAAGGAACUUAUUCGUUUUCGGAAAAUGUGGUACUCGGAUAUUUUCUUGAUUUGUCGAAAAAGAUGAAACCCUCAACACUUUGGGCAAAUUACUCCAUGUUGAAGGCCACUCUUAUGUUAAAGCAAAAUGUAGACAUCACUUCAUAUAACAAACUGCGAGCAUAUUUGAAAAAGCAAUCCGUGGGUUACAAAGCAAAGAAGUCGAAAGUCUUCACCAACGAACAAAUCCGAGAAUUUAUGAUGAACGCUCCAGAUGAUACUUACCUCAUGGCUAAAGUUGUGGUAAUUUUCGGAAUUUAUGGCGCCUGUCGGCGAGAGGAGUUAUGUAACAUAAAGCUUACGGACAUUGAGGAUUUGGGUUCACAACUACUGGUGAAGAUUCCAUGCAACAAAACCAAUAAACCACGGUCGUUUAUAGUAAACGACACUUAUUUAGAAACAUACCGUAAAUAUGCAGCCGUUCGACCAUCCAAUUUUCACUGCAAUAGGUUUUUCUUCAAAUACCAUAAUGGUAAAGGAUUUAAGCAAGUAGUGGGGGUGCAUACAUUUGCCAGCAUUCCACAAAUCGUUGCUAACUUUUUGAAACUGUCCGAUGCAAACCUUUACACGGGACAUUGUUUUCGAAGGACAUCUGCGACAAUUUUGGUAGAUAAUGGUGCAGAUUUGACUGUUUUAAAACGUCACGGCGGUUGGAAAUCGUCGAAUGUGGCGGAAGGAUAUAUAGAAGAAUCCUUAAAAAAUAAAAUGGAUGUGGCAGAGAGAAUAGUUACUUCAAUUUCUGGCGCACAUAUUCAGUGUAAGGGUGCAAGCAAUGUUGGCGUCUCUACUAGCACCAUCUCCAAAACAAAUACGGAGUCCACUUCUUCAAUUAAUUAUGAAGUAGAGUCGACAUUGACUGGACUAUCAAAUUUGAUUGGAACCUGCAAUAAUUGUACUAUUAAUGUACAUAUUAAUAGGCAAUAAACUAUUCAUUUGCGUGUAUAACUGUUCUUUUAUUUUUUCAUGCUCACAAGAAUAUAGAUAUUUUCCCGUACUGUACAGGAAUUAAGAUUCCCGUACAGUACGGAAAUCACAUGCUUUGUGAUGACAUAAACAAAACAAUAAUAUGCCAUUUU